AAGCAAUCUCCCAACUCAUCUUUGAUGGGUGCUUCGGUAUCCGUAUAAAGAAUUCCAAAGGAAUUUUAAUAGAAUUGGAUCAUAACAAGAUAUCCUGUUUGGUGUAAUCAGGUGUAUUUCUGUGGAUGAAUUAUCACCAAACAGGAAUGAGGUUACGUCAUUUGUGUACAUGCACACAUAGAUACGAGUGUCGUAUUUUGUCGUGUAUGACAGUUGAGACGAUCUGACGAACUUCGUGGGUUUUUAAAAAUAAACCCUAUUUAUUUAAGGCUUUGUUAAUUUAAUAUGCAAGCGCUAUUGUGACUUAGAAGUGACGAAAGCAUGAUUCUGUUCAGAUUGGAUAGUUUCUAAAGGUUAUUCAUUUUCUUAACCUAGCAUGUUCUUGUAACAUUUGUUAUUUUACGUUGUCUUUACUAUAUUACAACAGUUAAGUCAAAGUAAAUAUGUCUUUGGAUCAAAAUGAGUCGGUCUCGAAGAAAAAUGCUGCUGGGAGAAACAAACAGAAAAUUCUGUGUAUGUAUUGUCCGUCCAAAAUAUUAAACCCAGGUGCAGCGACACAUGUAAAUACAGAGUAUGCGUUGCCUUACAUACACCGUAGAGGGCAAGAAGAUAGAGAUAAAUGUGAGACAAUCACAGAUUAUUGGCUCAUUGAAGAUAUGUAUACUUUUGAAAAUAUCGGAGUUUCAAAUACAGUAGAUAAUGUCAAAUAUUUGGCAUGUGCUGACUGUGAACAAGGUCCUGUUGGUUGGCACGAUUUAACUACCAAAAAAUCGUACAUAGCUCUUUCAAGAGUAAAGUACGAGUAGUUAUAAUAUAUAAAUAUACAUCCAUUUCAUAUGUUUAUACCGCAAUUUUUUACAAACCAGAGAAAAAAGAAAACGAGUCAAUUUAUAAUGUGAUGCAGUCAUGUUGAACAGAUCAGAAGUAAGAUAUACAAUUUGAAAAAAAAAACAAUGUAUUAAUGGGUUAAACUAAUUUGAGAUUACAUGAAUAUCGUUUGUAACAAUAAUUGUAUUCAUCUUGUUUAAAAAAAUCUCAUACUAAAAACACUUUUAAAAUAUUAAAAUGUUCAAGUAUAUAAGAUAAUAUAAAUAAGAUUACUAUACAACAUUUAACUUUAUAAGUGAUUGCUUCUUACGCGCACCGUCAAUCAAGAAAAGUACAGAUAUGAAUUAUCAUACAAAGAAUUGUGUAAUUACCAUUUUUCAUACUUAAUAAUUAGAAAUUCAUUUUAGACCAAUAAAUUGUCUAACAAUUUUAUAAUCCGCUUUCAUUAUCAGCAUUCAAACUCAGUGUUUUACUUAUAUACAAGGAAAUGGUCACAAUAAAAAUGUUGAAGCCCCUGUAA